AUGCCAAACUGGGGAGGGGGGGCUAAGUGUGGAGCCUGCGAGAAGACUGUGUACCAUGCGGAGGAGAUCCAGUGCAAUGGCAGGAGCUUCCAUAAAACCUGCUUCAUCUGCAUGGCCUGCAGGAAAGGCCUGGACAGCACAACGGUGGCAGCACAUGAAUCAGAAAUCUACUGCAAGACAUGUUAUGGGAAGAAAUAUGGCCCGAAAGGAUAUGGGUAUGGGCAGGGGGCCGGGGCUCUGAGCUCUGAUCCCCCAUCAGAAAACCUGGACAUCCAACCACAACAACAGCCCAAACCUCAAGGCCCAUCAACAAAUUCCAAUCCAAGCAAGUUUGCGCAGAAGUUUGGUGCAUGCGACCGCUGUCCUCGGUGUUCAAAGGCAGUCUAUGCAGCAGAGAAGGUCAUGGGGGCAGGGCAGCCCUGGCACAAGACCUGCUUCCGCUGUGCCCUGUGUGGGAAAAGCCUGGAGUCUACAACCGUGACAGACAAGGACGGGGAGAUCUACUGCAAAGUUUGCUAUGCCAAAAACUUUGGCCCAAAGGGAAUGGGUCUAGGGAAUCUGGGAAUGGUGGAAGAGAAAGAGUGA